CCGCUUGCCACCCCCCAACCAGCGCGUUGCCAUGGGCCGGCUCAAAGUGGCGUGAAGUUGUUUUGGCCGCAGGAAGUUCAUUUGGAGAACGGGCAACAGAAGCGACAGUCAUAUGAAUUUCCAGAGAAGAACAGGCUAUGAAGUGCCACUCGGAAGGAGGAAAAAGAUUUCGACUUCAGUUUAUAGCACUCAACCACAGGAACAGUCAGAGAAGCGCAGAGAAAUAUAUUUUGCAAGCCAAAAUGGAGCCAGUGGCCAGAAAACGUAGAAUCCCGUUUACCCAGGAUAAUAAAGCUGUGAAUAAACGGACCUGCAACUUGCCAACCAAAACACCUCCCUCAACACUAGUUCAAACCGUUAAAAAACCCCUCAAGAAGUUCUCUUCAGAUCUGGCCAAUCUCCCGCCCAUUCCCGCAGUCGAUGCUUUUGAACGGGGAUAUCAAGUGGAAUCUAUAUUGGAUAUGGUACAAAACACCUACAAGGAGCCGUUUCUAUACAUUAAAUUUAAGAAUCUCUCUGAUCCCGAACUGGUGCCCUUGGAGCUGGCCGUGGAACGUGUCCCUCAUUUGCUGUCCAGUUUCUACCAGGAAUACGUUCAGGUCUGGCAAAAACUGGAAGAGCAGAAGAUGGAUGCUUCAUCGUAAAUUUAAGCAAGAAAUCUCACACUUAAUGCCAUAGACUGGAAGAGUGCGAGUUGCGAAACUGCCACGCAUUUAUGCCGCGCACCCUUUUGUGCAGGCUCGCGUCGAGUUUUAAAUAAUUUUAUGCCUAUUUGCCUCGUGCAUCUCGCAAAAUUUCACACCUCAACCAACCAUCAAAAGUUGAGGAGGACGUGCGUGCCAGAAGUUUCAGCCACACGCAAAUAAAGGAUACCGAAAAGGAUACAGAAAAUAUGGCUACAAGGGUGUAGAGUUCCCUUUUUAAAUAGGAUCUUUGCAAGAAUGUUUAUGGUCUAUUUCUGUUAGUAUGGUGGUAAGCGUAGAUUAGUAUU